CGUUGGGCGCUGUUCUGCUGAAGUAUCUCAGACUCUUCCGGGGAUCGAGCAACAGCAGAAGAAGAAUCAGACCGGAAACUAAACAGAGCGGUGGAGCAGCGCGCGGAGGAAGAACACUUCAGUCUGCGCGAAAGUAAACAACAGAACAACAACAAACAGCUACAGGUAAACAAACCUAUCGAUUAUCGAUUGUUCGGCAUCGGUCGCCCGAACUAGCCAAUCAGCUUCUCCGUAGCUCAGCUUUCUCAGCAUGCUAACAGCUAGCCGGCUGCUAACGCUAACAGCAGCCGUAACGGAGGAGACACGUCACCGCCGGCAGCGUCACCAUGGUUACCGGGAGCCCCGGUUCGAUCCGGAGUUAAACCCAAGUUUAACGAACCGGGCUUUAAACACCGAGCUGGUAGCGCCGCGGCUAGUUAGCUUCACACAGUCAGCCAAUCAGAGCGCGAGUUGGAGCGUCAGCCGGGCAGAGCGGGGUGAAAGCUGUGCUCUGAUUGGACCACGUCACAGAUACAACACCUGUCUCCAGGCUCAUGGAGUCUCCACCUGAAACUCUCACCUGGUUACCGUUGGUUACAGCAUGGAGCGCUCUGAUUGGAUGGAUAACUCACUGACUGCACUGCCUCCAGAUCUCCAGUCAGCAGCAGGAUGUCACACCCUUCAGAUGAAGGUGACCAGAGAAAGGCGGAGUCUACCAGCAGGAUGUGGGCGGAGUCUCAGCCGGGUCCGUCCAGGUGUCAGCCCAGCAGACAGGGUUACUGUGGAUACUGCAGAGUCCUCUACAGCAACCUGGAACAGCACCUGUCCAGUCUCAGACACCUGGAUUCUGUCCGGGCGUCCUCCCGAGGCUCAAGUACCGUCUCCUCCGCCAGCAGCAGCAGAACCAAACUAACCCUGCUGGAGCGCUUCCUGCAGGACGUCCUGCAGCACCAUCCGCACCGCUACAAUGACCCCAGGCCGUCUCACGCUGACCUCCCGUCAGUCUCCGCCCCUCUGUUGCCGAGGGAGGAGCUUGAUGAUCUCUGUUUCUCUGACGAUGACAGCCGAUCGAAGGGCACCCGUGAGCAGCUGCCCAGCUCUGACGACGCCUCCUGCCAGCAGGCCAGUCAGAAGGAAGACAGGCUGUCUGCACCAAUCAGAGAGCAGGAAGAAGGAGGAGCAGCUCCCACAGGGUACACACAGUCAUCACACCUACAGACCCCGCCCCCACAGUCUCAGGCCCUGCCCUCUGUCCACAGGAAGGCUCACAGGAAGACGGACAGAAGGAAAACCAGCGACUCCUCCACCUCCUUACCGUCCCACCGAGGUCCAGGUUGUGGUCAGCGACCUCCCACAGAGCUGAGGCCCUGCCCAGACCCUGGCCCCGGUCCAGGCCCCAGCCCAAGCCCCGGUCACCUACCCCCCUCACAGCUAAGGCCCUGCCCAGAACCCAGCCCCUGCCUAGGCUCAAGUCCAGACACAAGCCCAGGUCCCAGUCCAAACCCUGGUCCAGACACCGGCCCAAGUCCUGGUCCCCGGGCUCACACACAGGUGAGGCCCUGCCCAGAACCCAGUCCUUGUCUAGACUCCAGUCCAGGUCCCAGUCUCAGUCCCCAGCCCCCCACACAGCUGAGGCCCAGCCCACAACCUGGUCCCAGUCUGGGCCCCAGUCCUUACCCAAGCCCUGUUCCCGGUCCAGGCCCUGGCCCAAGUCCUGGUCCCUGGCCCCACACACAGCUGAUUCCAUGCCCAGGACCCGGCCCUAGUCCAGGUCCUGGUCCCGGUCCCUGGCUCCACAAACAGCUGAGGCCCUGCUCAGAUUCUGGCCCAAGUGCAGGCCCUGGUCUAGGCCCUGGUCCCAGUCCACAUCCUGGCCCCCGGCUCCCCACACAGUUGAGGCCCUGCCUAGAACCCAGCCCUAGUCAAGGUGCUGGUCCUGGUCCCCGGCGCGCCACACAGCUGAGGCCCUGCCCAGAUUCUGUCCCCAGUCCAGGCCCUGGUCAGGGUCCAGACCCUGGACUGCGACCCCCCUCACAGCUGAGACCCUGGCUGAGCUGGCAGAAGGAGAGGAGAGAGGCUCUAAAAGAGGAGGCGUUCUCCUCGGACCACAGCGACUCUGUGGAUCAGACCAUCGAGGAGGUGAUCCAGAGAUGUUGCCAUGGCGUCAUUUCCACUCCCUGCCAGCAGGAGGAAACAGACAGCUUCCACUUCAGCCUCCCUGCUUCCAUGGAAAUGCAGAGUGACAACUGGGACUCACCUGCCCAGCGAGGACAAACACUGAGCCAGGUGGAGGAGCAGGACCUGAGCCAUCUGAUGGACGUUCAGGUGGACCUGGAGGACCAGGUGUACUCCUACCAGCUUGAGUCCGCCCUUCACAGCGAUCGGCGAGCAAGGGGUGGGGCCAGACAGGACCAGGGCAUCUGGACUCUACCGAUAGAGGAGGUCCUGCCAGCCCCGCAACACAUCCCAGAAUCCUUCAGGGGGAAGACCUGGACCCAGAUUGAACAAGAGGAUGAGGAGAAGGUGGACAAACUGGUGCGACAGUUCAGACGGGGGAGAUUCAUCUGCUACUUUGACACAGAGUCUCUGGCCAGGUAUGGGAGGAGGAGCCAAAACAAGAAGAGCUGUGAUGAGACCAAGGAGGAGGAGCCAGACACUGAUGUCCUGCCUCUGUUGGACCAUGAUGAUGACUCAGCAUACGUCAGGAGGAAGAGGAAGAGGCGGGCCUUCAGAGUGGCGUCCAGGUGUCAGGUGGUCAAAGUCAGUCACAGCACUCAGACAGUCCAAUUGGUUGUUCCUGCUAUCCGUCAACCAGCCGCAGAGGCCCCGCCCACCAGUGUCCCUGUAGCCAAUCAGGAAGCAGCAGAAAGGACUCCUGAGGUGUGGCGCUGCCUCCCUCCGUCGUACUCGAACAUCGUCACACCUUUGCAGCCUCGCACCUCUCUGGUCUAUCUGCUCUGCUCCCCCUCAGGCCCCGCCCCCACCUACACACCUUCACCAGGCUCCACCCCCAAACGCUGCAGGAAGAAGAGGCGUCCACUGGACCUGCAGGGGUUAAAGGUCAAAUACAAACAACUUCCUGUGAGGUUCUACGACCCCAGCAGCAACCGCAUCCUAAAAAACCUGCCCAAAGGCUUCCUGUGGCGACGGGGUUCCACCUCCAGCCCACCCCCGCCUUGUGUCCGUCAGCUGUUCAGGAGUCUGAGUCCGGAUCUGAACGCCGACAGGCCACUGGGGGAGGGGGCCGCGGGGUCCUCCAGGGUCAAAGGUCAGAGGUCAUCAGACUCACCCUACAGCCACGCCAGUUUCCUGCUGAGCACGCUCAGUAGGGACUCAGCACAAACUGACAAACAGGAUGCAGCCAGGAGGCGGGGCAGGAUUUCUCAAGACCCGCCCCCUCCACCUCCAAGCAGGUCAGAGCGGGGGAGGAGAGGGAAGAGGGACAGGACACGCCCCCCACCCUCCAAAAGAAGAACCAAGGCUCAGGCCACGCCCCCCCAGCCCAGGAGAGAAGGCCUGCGCCGGGCAGGACCCAGCAGGGGAGUCCCCAGUUCCACAGACCCGCCUCACCCCCCCUCACCCCGGAGGGGGAGGACCCGGAGGGGGAGGGGCUGUGAGCGGGGACGAAGGUAGCAGGAUACCUGUUCAGGUAUCAGCCUCGUUUGUAAACUACAGAACGAUGCCUUUACUCGUCACUCAGAGGUCGGACGUCAGACGAUUCACAAACGUGACUGUGGGUUUAUAAACGAGGCUGCUGGACUUCAUAUGGAGGUUUAUUGAUGUCGAUAUUAGAAUAAAAUCAUCUGAUCAAUAUCAAAGAUCAUUUUACAUCUGUGUGCAGAAAAAUACAAAUGAACCUGUUUUUAAAACCUGAUUCAUAAGUUUUAUUUUUUUAUUUUAUUUUUUCAUGAAAUCACAGACAAGUAGAAAUUAUUUAAAAAUACAAAAAACCUGUGCACACAAAUAGAAAAUGAAACUAGAGUUUGAUGAAAUUAUUUUAUGAUAAUGUUGGCAGUUUGUGACACUAAACCUUUUCUUAAGGUGCUGUCCUUUGAUCUUUUCUACCUUUACACUCGUCUUUAUUUAUAUAUCAACAAU